AUGUGCCUCGUCUCGGACAAGCCCCUGAACCCCCUGGUGGAACCUGCGGAAGCCGAGGGGCUGGAGGUACCGGAAUUGACAGUUUCGCAUCCUCUCAUCUCUCUGGAGGAGGACAACUUUUACGAGUUGAAAGAUGUGUUUCCCACUACAGCCAGACAGCAAAUUCAGCCAAGUGCAGACAGUCAUUGUACACCACAAUCUCACGGAGGUCAAGAACCUAUUUGAUGCUCCCGUGCAAGAAAGCCAGUUGCUGGGUCGCUCUCUUAUGAAAGCUUACACUAUGGCUGUCACCCAAGCCAGAUAUAACUACGGGCCCCAAGUGAAGGAGUUGCCCCAGCCACUAGUGGUGCAAUGUGUGCAGACCGACGGCCAGAACUUCCACUUCAGCAUUCUUCAGCUCCACUCUACAGAGGUGGACUGUCACCGCAGAAACGUGUACUGGAGUCUGCCACCCCUACCACUCUAUGACGAUUGCUCGUACGUCCAGGCUGUGCCACUCUUGCAGGGCUACAACCCCCAGGUCUUCAAACAGUUGCUGGCAUUCUACAUCAACAAUUAAAUGACUCAAAGCUGUAGUUUUACCAUAAUAAAUUGUAAAUAACA